CUCGAGGAACACCUUGUUCGUUUGGAGAAGGACUAUCCACCUUGGGCAGCAUUGCAUUUCAACCAGCCACAUCGUGGGUGGCCACCUCCGCCCCGUCCUACGCCCAUCAUCGUCCCUUCCCACCUGACGACAACGAGCGAGCCAUCGAACGCUCAGUCAGAUCUGCCCCGUGCGCCUGCCGCUGAAGGCGGCGAGGCUGGUGCCUCGAAGUCCAAGGGCAAGUCAGCGGGGCGAAGUGCGAUGUCGAGCUUGCAUCGAGCUGUGCUAGAACGAUUGGAGGUGCAGAAAGCGAGGAACGACCUGGAGGGGGUCGUGGAAAGAGAGCCGGACUCCUAACCCUGACGUCGAUCUCUCCUAACCCUAUUUUGAUCUCACACAGUGUUGACUUAGGGCUAGUGCUAGCUACUGCUUCUAGGAGCCCUUUAUCUUGCUCAGGUUCGAAUAUAUAUCAUGUGUGUCUGGUCUUAACGCAUCUCUUGCCGCAAAGCUUUGCCCGGCAACUUCCUCAUUUCGCUCAUUUCUUGAAGACUCCUAUGACGCAAACCGUCAAUGCAGAUACGAAAGCACAGGUCAUCGCAGCCUAUCACGAUCAUCCAGUGUUCCAGUGUUCGACCUGUUCUGCGACAAUCGCCCUCCAGGACGAGCUAAUCAGCAAGUCUUUCUCAGGACGGGAUGGUCGCGGCUAUCUCAUGCACUCGGCUAUCAAUCUCAAGAUGGGAAAGAGAGAAGAGCGUGGGCUUCUGACUGGCGUGCAUACUGUCGCGGACGUGUACUGCAUGGGCUGCAACGAGCGGCUCGGCUGGCACUAUGUCAAAGCCCCAGAUAACGCGCAGAAGUACAAAGAAGGAAAGUACCUGCUUGAGAGGGAGAAACUUGUCAAGGAUAAUGCUUGGAAGCUGGACGAGUAGUUUCGUUUAGGACUAGCUCGCGCAUAUGGCGUAUUUGGCCCGACCUGUCGGGCAUAAGCCUCUUCCGUCCGUGCAAAUGUCUGCGCACUUUAAAUACCGCUUUCCCG